GUUUCCGGGCUGAGCGCGCGGGGCUGCGUUCUGUGCCAUGGGGUCUUGGCGCCGUGUGUUGCAUUUUGGAGGGGUGUCUCUUCGGGGUGGUAACGGGACCUAUGCCCCGCGUGGGGGAAGCCGAGUGUUGGUUUGUCGGCGCCAGUUAACUGAUUCUGAAAGUGAGACCCUAAAACAAAGAAGAACACAAAUCAUGUCCCGAGGACUUCCAAAGCAGAAACCAAUAGACGGUGUUAAACAAGUCAUAGUUGUGGCUUCUGGAAAGGGUGGAGUUGGAAAGUCUACUACAGCAGUGAACCUUGCUCUUGCACUAUCAGCGAAUGAUUCGUCAAAGGCUGUUGGUUUGUUGGAUGUGGAUGUGUAUGGCCCUUCAGUCCCAAAGAUGAUGAAUCUGAGAGGAAAUCCAGAGUUAUCACAGAGUAACCUAAUGAGGCCUCUUUUGAAUUAUGGUAUUGCUUGCAUGUCUAUGGGCUUUCUGGUUGAAGAGACUGCUCCAGUUGUUUGGAGAGGCCCUAUGGUUAUGUCAGCCAUUGAGAAACUGUUGAGGCAGGUAGAUUGGGGUCAGCUGGACUAUUUAGUUGUUGACAUGCCACCAGGAACUGGAGAUGUGCAAUUAUCAGUCUCACAGAAUAUUCCCAUUUCAGGUGCUGUGAUUGUCUCCACACCCCAAGACAUUGCAUUGAUGGAUGCACACAAGGGUGCUGAGAUGUUUCGAAAAGUCCAUGUGCCUGUUCUGGGCCUUGUCCAAAAUAUGAGCUUUUUCCAGUGUCCAAAAUGUAAACACAGAACUCAUAUUUUUGGUGCUGAUGGUGCAAGGAAACUAGCACAGACCCUUAAUCUGGAUGUUCUAGGAGAUAUUCCCUUACACCUUAACAUAAGGAAAGCGUCAGAUACAGGCCAGCCGAUUGUGUUUUCACAGCCUGAAAGUGAAGAGGCCAAAGCUUAUCUGAGGAUUGCUGCGGAAGUGGUAAAAAGAUUGCCUCCACCUCUAGAGUGAUUCCCCAAGUGUUCUGGAAAUUUGCCUGGUGGUUGACACUAAGAAGAUCUUUGGUAAUAAGCAGUCUUGUGGUGAAAUCUACAAGUGUUAUAGCAAUCAUAGUUGUUUUCCUAAAGAAAUGUUUUAUUUUUAGAUGUGAUUUGCUAAGGAAUGACUUACAAAUAAGAUUUUUAUAUAUCAAUAGUAAUCGGUACAUUUAGGAAUUCUUUUUUUGAAAGAUGAUGUGUCCCAUCUCUAUAGAUCUGCAUUUAAUUGUACUGAACUACCAAGGAAUCAUAAGUUUAUAUGCUAAGCCCAACCAUAAAUUCAGUAGAGAACUGCACUCUUUGCAGAACUACAAAGCUAGUAAUUUAAAGAAUUUACUAAUUCGUGUAAGAACACAUUUCUAUCAGGCAUUUUGUUCUGGGUUUGAGUCCUUCCUCAAGUACUGUCUUAGACACAUUCUAUUUUUAUUUUUAAGUUGAUUUACCAAACUGUAUAAAUUUUGGUGUACAUCUUUACCUCUUUGUUAAUACAAGCCUCACCUCACCUGCCAUCAGUGUUCUAGUGUCCUUCCCACUAUCAGCAUGAUGCCUUCUACCCAUCCAUCCUACCCUCCUUCUUCUUCCCCUCUGCUGAUCACUGUUUUUCAGAGAAUCUAAUGGUUGUUUUUGUUGUGAUUUGUUAGUGCCUUUGAUUUGAAAGUAACCAUUUGAUAAUUAUCUUUUCACUUUUGAAUAAUUUCACUUAGCCAGUCACCUCAGUUUCCAUCCAGGUUGUUGCAAAAUUUUGGCAAGAUUUCAUCUUGUUUAAUAGCUGGGUUGUAUUCCAUUAAGCACUUAUACCAUAACUUUUCGAUGCAAUCUUCCGCUGAGGGCCAUUUAGAUUGUUUCCCCGUCUCAGCUAUUGUGAAUAAUGCUACUGUGAACAUAGAAGUGCAUACAUCUUUUCAAAUUGGUAUUUUCUUCAUCUUCAGAUAAAUACCUACGGGAGGUGUUGUUGGGUCAUAUGGUAUUUCCAUUUUAAGCUUUUUAAGGAAUCUCCAAACUGUUUUUCGAUGGAGGCUGCACCAAUUUACAUACCCAACAGUGAGAGCUCCUUUUUCUACAGCACCCAAAACAACACAUAGUUUCCAAUUUUUUUUAUAGGCCAUUCUACAGAUGUGAGGUGAUAAUGUCUUUGUGGUUUUGAUUUGCAUUUUCCUAAUAAUAAGUUGGACAUGAUUUAAUAUAAAUCUCUACUUCUUUGUCUAAACACACACUCUACCCUAGACUGAAUGAGAGUGGAUCUCCCAGGGUGGGGCUUGGACAGAUAUAUUUUGACAAAAUCAUUACAAUUUGCAUGAUGAUUCUGAUUGUGAUGGUAAUAGUAAUAAUAACAGCAACUAACAUUUUUCAAAUAUUUUGUGUCCUUAUAAUGUUCUAUUAAUAUGAGUAUGGUACUGCUAUCUCCACUUUACAAAUAAGGAAAUUCAGGUGUGGAAAAGUUAAGUGCCUUGUUGAAGUUUGCUAUGUUACCAAACACUGGAACUGGGCUCUGAACUGGGCAGUUGGAUACUGGAUUCUUCCUUUUGUACACCAAAAUGGCAUUUGUUUAUUUCAAGAAAGAUAUCCAUAGUAUUCAGUGUUUCUCAAAUUUAUUUGAGCAUGGAAUUCCCUCCGCCCCCUCUUUUUAGGAACAUUUUAUGGAGUUCAUGCUUCAAAGAAUAUACUUUGAAAAACAUGUAUUUUUGUCUAAUUAAGACUCUAAGAGUCAAGGACUUCCCAAGGUCAAGUAGCAAAAUGAUUGUAAAACUGAAAGUACUGAUAAGAAUGAGUCAUUAGUUAAAUCCUCAUUUAUAAGGAAGUGGUCCAUGACCUUUGAUAAAUGCCCUUUGUCUUGUAGUUAAGCAAGACAUCUGUAAAGUAAAGAUAGCAGUAUUGUACUCAUAUUCAUAGAACAUUAACUAUAAGGGUGCUAGAAAACUAGUCUGUGAGUUAUAUAGCAUUGUAGACAUGUUUCCACACAAUUCUAUUCACAUAAAACCCUCUAAAAGCUUUAUAUAUAAUAGCCAAAAACAACCCACAUGUUUUUUUAUGGGGAAAAGGUUAAAUAAAAUGUGGUAUAUCCAUACCAUGGAGUACUACUCAGUGUUAAAAAAGAGCAAACAAUGGACACAUGCAACAACCUGGAAUUUUUUUGAAAUUUAUAUUAAAUGGAAUAAUAUUUUGGUAUUUUGCUCUUUAUGAAUUCUAGAAAAUUAGAUUGAAUGAUAAAGCCAAUCUUGAAAGGUUAUGUACCAUAUAAUCCCAUUUAUGUAAAUUCUUGAAAUAACAAAUUUUGGAAAUGAAGAACAGAUUAGUAGUUUCCAAGGUCAAGGGAGGGGGGAGUAUAGGGAGAAAUUGUGUGUGGCUAUGAAAGGAUAGAGGAAGGAUCCUUGUGAGGAUGGAAAUGAUCUGAAUCAUGACUAUAUUGAUUUCCAUAUCUUGAGUGUGAUGUUAUAGUUUCACAAGAUUUUACCUUUCAGGUAAAUUGAGAAAAUUGCACAGCAUAAUCUCUCUGUAUUGUUUCAUACAUCUGCAUAUGAAUCUCUAUCUCAAAAUAAAAUUAAAAGUUUAAUUAAAAAAUAAAUAUAUGCUCCUGUGUCUAAACUAAAAUUUUCUGGGCCAAAUUAUCCGUGCUAAUUAAAAUCAUGAAUUAAAGUACUGUGGUUACACAGUAAUCAUUUGUCAUUCUAAAAAGGAAAUAAUGACUUUAAGUUGUAGAUAUUUAUUUGUGUUUUUACUGUCUUUGGGGGAUGAGGCCAAUUAAGAUUACCACUGAGCAGUUCUGAAUACCAAAAAGCAAGUAACUGAACCAACUCAACUUUAUCCAGAAAGAGAUUAAUUUAAAAUAAGCUCCUUAAGUGCUUAAAGGAGAAUGGAUCAGGUAGAGGAGGUCAGUUGGUUGGUGGUGGCUGGUGGCUGGAUGUUUAGUGGUGGAUAUGAUCUCAUAUUUAUAGUUACCAUGCCACAUUCUGUAAAAUAGUAAUUUAAAAACCCUAGAUAGUUAGAACUGAAGAGUGUGUUAGAAUUUAGAUAAUCCCAUCACUUCAUUAGAAUGAUCUCUAAGAAAAAAAUAAGUUCACCGAUGACCCAAGGCUUUGGGGGGAGUGGGAUUAGUUCAUUAUGAAGUAUACUGUAUAUACGGUAAAGCACAGAAGACAUAAGUAUACAGGUAUAAUUAUCUACAAAAUGAACACCAUUGUAACUGCUUACAACCAACAUAAGAAUUAGAAAGCUGCCAGAAGCCCAGGUGUUGUGUUUCUCUUCAUAAGUGCCAUACCUCCCCUUAUGAAGCAUUUUAAGACCUAAGCUUAUGCCUUUAAACAUUGUGGUUUUGCUUUUUUUUGAAAUUUAUAUUAAUUAGAAUAAUAAUAUGGCAUUUUCCUCUUUAUUAACUUUUUCUUUGCUUCUUUAUUGACUGUUUUUAUUCUCUACUAUUUUUCUGAGAUUGUGUGUGUUUUUACAUGUAGCUGUGUUUUGCUCAUAUUCUCUGCUGUAUAUUUUAUUGUUUGAAUAUAUGCUACUUAUCCAUUUCACUGUGGAUGGAUAUUUGAGUUGAUUCCUGUGUUGUUUCAUUAUUACAAAUAAUUUCUGCUCUGAACAUUUUUGUGCAUAUUUUCUUGGGUUCAUAUAAUUGAAUUAAGUUUUUUUCUGGGAAUGCAAUUACUGGUAGUAUUUAGUGGCAUUUCAUUGUAGUUUUUACUUACAUUUUCCUGAUUAUAAAUGAAGUUGAGCACUUUUACAUUUGUUAGCUAAUUAGAUAUCCAUUUUUGUGUAUUUUUUUUAUCUUUUUGGUGUAUUUUUUGUGUAUUUUUCUGUUGUUAUAUUAAAGUGCUAAAU